AAUCCAAGUAACGUUCUGCUCGUACGGGAGGGGGUGUGUCCCAUGGGGUGUAGCGGCGAGGACCUGACGUCAUGGUCAUGUGAUCCUACCAUCCUCGGAGGGGCAGAAAUGGCAUCUGCAGUAUUGAAGUUCCUCAAGUUCGCCACCAAAGCUGGCCUGGCUGGGGGAGCUGUGUAUGUGGCGUAUGAUCAGGGGCUGCUGGGAAGUGGCACUCGAGGAGAGGAGGUGCUGCAGAAGAGCACGGCGGCCAUACCACCUGCCAUUCAGGAAUGGGCUCAUUACUUUGGUUGGCAGAUCCCGUCUGCACCAAAAUUAGACUUCUCCAUCUGCAAGUCCUGGAAUUGGGGUGUUCAAAAGUCUGUGUCUGCUCUCUCAUCUGCCCCAAGCAAGACUUGUGAAUAUACAGCUGACGGAUGGAAAUAUAUAAAAGGGCUGGUGAAAUGAAUUGUUCAUAGAAAAAAAAACAAUAAAAUCCUCUAUUUAUA